AUGGUAUCCCAUGCUAUUUUCGUCGCCAUCAGCGUGCACAUAUGUGCGCAACUGCCCAUCGUCUCAGCGCUUCUGGAAAACAGCACGGAAUGUGUUGAUGUUCACUUCAUGGUCGCGCGGGGAAGUCUUUCGGCCUAUCCCGGAUUCCCUUACGAUGUGUUUGAGUCAGUCGCAGCGAACAUGACCACUACUACAAAUUACGAGGAUAUCAUCUAUCCUGCGACCAACGAGACUGAAACAGACAGCUACUUCGUCGGCCGUGCUGCUGCGGGUGCCCAAGUCAAUGCGUACGCCGAAGCUUGUCCCGACAGCAAGAUCGUGUUGGGAUCUUACUCCCAAGGUUGCUUGAUCGUCGGCGAUGCGCUCGCCGGUGGGGGCGGGCAAGAGUAUCUUGGUAAUGCAACACAGCCUCUGAUCUCAGAGGAAAUUGGGAAGAAAAUCAUUGCCAACAUAUUCUUUGGAAAUCCCCGCCAUGUGCCUUAUGAAAGCUAUGACUUUGGUGACCACCCGUGGAACGCUACUGGUAAAUAUCCUCGCCUCCCCUACCAGGUCCAGAACCUCGACACCCGUUACGGCGAUAUCAUUGGUGACUGGUGCAAUUAUGGUGACUCGGUUUGCUCGCCUGCUGUUGGCGACUUCCUGGCUCUUCAUACGGCUUAUGAUGCUGACUACUCGACUGUCGCCGCCGAGUGGACACUUGCGAAGAUUGGGAAAUAUGCUUACACAAAUACCACCAAAUCGUAG